AGAAUUAGUAAUGAGUGAGUGAAAGAAUAAGUGAGGGCUUUGCCUUUUAUGUAUACAGAUUUAAUCAGUAAAUAAAAUUUAUUAAUUACUAACUUCUUUUUUUAUAAUUUUAAUUAAUUUCUUUAAUCUUAUUUUUGUCAUCAUUGUUCCCACUUUCUCUUGUGUUUCAGCAUUUAUUCUAAUAACUGCUGUGAUGAAACAGUUGAAGCUUGACGAAACGUCCAACAAACCUUUACCAGGUCUACAAUGUUCACCGAUGCUCUUUUUCUAUUGUAUGCUGUUCAGUUUCCUUAAAAGACUUCAUUAUGGUUUCGAUUAUUUAUUUUGUAUUGUACUGGAUCUUGCAUGUGGACUGUGCGUUUUAUUUGAAAAGGAACGAAUUUUCCAAGCUACUGUUUCAAGAAAAACAUUUGUUAUUUUCUUCAAACCAGAAACUGUAGAGGUUUUAUUGAGUAGUAGUGUUAAUAUUGAUAAAGCCUAUGUAUAUGACUAUAUACACCCAUGGAUUGGAACUGGUCUUAUUACAAGUUCUAUCUAUUUAUCAGAGCCUGAUUAUACCUUUCUGGCAUUACACUUUCGAAUAUUAGGAGAUUUUAUACCGGUAUUUUUCGAUCAGUCUCAUAUUCUUGUAUCACUUCUUCGUAAACUUGAGAAAGAUUCCUGGAUUGAUAUUGUUCCUUUAAUUACUUCUUGCACUCUAGAUAUUAUCUGUGAAACUGCUAUGGGCGUAAAAAUCAAUGCCCAAUUGGGUGAAGGCCAAGAAUAUUAUAAAGCAAUUCAUAAAAUUGGUACUCUAGUUUUGAUCCGCAUUUUUAAGCCUUGGCUUUAUCCAGAAUUUAUAUUUAGAAUAUCACCGACUGGAAGAGAAUUUUACAAAAAUGUAGACAUUAUUCAUCGCUUCACAAGGAAAGUAAUAAAACAGAAGAAGUCAAAAAUGAUAGAAAAUAAUCAACAAUUAAAACAGUUGGAUGUAACUGCCAAUGAUUACCCCUCAAAUACAAAGUCUCGCAGAGCUUUCCUGGAAUUGCUGUUAGAACAUCAUUUUAAAGAUUCAUCGUUUACAGAAGAAGACAUUCGAGAGGAAGUAGAUACUUUUAUGUUUGCAGGUUACGAUACUACGGCUGCGGCGAUUUCUUGGGCAUUAUAUUUCGUUGGAUUAUAUAAAGACGUGCAGGAAAAAAUACACGAAGAAUUGGAUGAAAUAUUUGAAGGUGAUAAUGAAAGAGAAAUUGAACGUGAUGAUUUAUUGCGCAUGAAGUACUUGGAGUGUGUCAUUAAAGAGUCUCUUAGAUUACACACUUCAGUGCCUUUUGUAGCUAGAGGCGUUGAGGAAAACUUCAAAGUGUUGGACUACGAAAUUGAAAAAGGGAGUCUUUGCUUAAUAUGCCCAUUUAUACUUCAUAGAGAUCCUAAAUCAUUUCCAGAUCCAGAAAAAUUCGACCCAAAAAGAUUUCUUCCCGAGAACGUAAUUGGAAGGCAUCCAUUUGCCUUUGUGCCUUUCUCAGCCGGGCCAAGGAACUGUUUAGGACAGAAAUUUGCUUUAAUGGAAGAAAAGACUGUGCUUGCAGAUAUAUUCCGGAACUUUGAAGUAACAUCCAAGGACCCCAGAGACAAAGUCAAUGUUACUCCUAACCUGGUCAUUCGAAAUCUUGACCCACUCAUGCUACGAUUUACACCUCGAAAUGCUAAAUGAAUUUCAGUAAAGAUUAAAAUAAUUAUAGCUGAACAGUACUUUUAUACAGCAGCAAAUUAUCAUUAUGUAGCGUAAAACGGAUUUUAGAUUGCCUUGAUGUUUAAUAAAGUAAAUAAAUAACAAGUCAGAGGCCUUUAAAAUUAAUCAUUCAAAUAAAAAUAUUCAAAUUUUUAAAUGUAAUAAUUUAAAAAAAGCUAAAAAAAAUUAGUUCAAUCAUAAAUCUUUUGACGUUUUUUAUCACCAAGUUGUUACCUGCAAUUACUUAAAUGCUAAAUAAUUUCUAGAGACAAAUAUCUACAAAAUAGCUGAAAUAUUGACUCAUUUUUAAAAUAAUAAGGGAUUAUAAUUAAGUUUUUUUUUAAACUUCCGAACGUACUCAAAACAUACUAUGAGUUUAAAAUCAAGCAUUUUAGAUUAUAAUCUUAUAUUCAGGAUUUCAAAGUGUUAUUAGUUAUGUACCGGAUGAUUAAGGAUUAUUGAAGCAGAAUUCUCUUUUUAAAAUCUUAUAAUAUUUCCCCCUUUAAUUACGUUGAUGCUUAUCCAACUAAUUAUUACGUUAAUUGCGACAGACAGAUUAAAACAUUGAACAAUUAUAUUAAUUUGCAUGAGGAUGCAGUGAAAUAAAAAUUUUAAAUAUUAUAAAUAAUUCUGAAAAUUAUAAACAGCUUUGCUUCAGAAGUGGAAUAGCUAAGUAACAUGGUAAAAAAUUAAUACAAAUAUUUAACCACUCUCUGUAAUUUUUAGGUUUCUUACCAUAACGCAAUUGUCACGUACUAUUUACUGUUAUUUUUUAAAAUUAUCUCUAGAUCA